AUGUGGUCGAUUAUUCAGCCCAUCCUCAUAGGCGCUCUAUUUGCUACGGCUUGUGUUAGCGCAGUCCUGCUUGAGGUCACGCACAACGAUAAGAAAUACUGGCUGUGCAGUGUCGAUCAUGAAUUACCAGCUGACGUUAAACCCUCUGAAGUUCCUUUUCGUUUCGUUGGAGACAACGUUCACGGCAAGGGUCCCAAAGAGUCGCGAUUUAGGAUGAUGGAAGGUACCACAAUAAAGCCCAUUUGGAUUGGCAACGGUCUUCCUAAUGCCGACCAUCCUAAAUGGGGCUAUGGUCAAUUUGAGCAAGCAAAAAUCAGAUUCGAAUCCACAGCUAGAGCUCUCCAGGAAGACCUUGGGUACUUCAUACUAGUAACUCUGAAUUUGCCCGGUGAUCUCGCGAAAGUAGAACCAGAAACGUGGACGGAGAUUUUGAAGGCGAACCACAAUGAAUUACGAAUCGCUGUCGCUCGGGAGAAGAGUACACAUAAUCUAGUGAAAGUCCAAGAAGCCAAUCAUCAUUUAAACUAA